GCGCAGUGCGACCUGUGCCAGGCAACAGCAGCAUCAGCACCAGAGUGAGGGGGCCCCCAUCCAGUGCGCUCUGACCGCACGGGAGAUCACACUGCCGUGCUAGGCGGAGGACCCAGGGGGCGCGCGCGCACUCCCAGUCUCCGCGCGCGCUCCUAUUUGGGAGGGCCCUCUUGAGCGCGCGCGCGCCCACAGCACCAGCCGCAGCGGCGGCGGCGGCGGUGGCGGUGGCAGCUUCAGCGGCAGCGGCGGCAGCAGCAUCAAAAGCAGCAAGAGCGGUGGAGGCAGAGGCUGCAGACCCCAUCACUGGUCCAAGCAGCAGCAUCCGCGGUGCGGCGCGGGAGCCAGACUGCUGGGUAGCUGCUGCUGAGGCUCUGGUAGGGGCGGGGCGGCCCUCCUUGGAAGAAUCAGCCCCUCGACUGGGGCACAGAGGAGAAGAGAGGAGGGGGCGCCGCCCUGCCGGAGUGGACCCAGUGCUGAGCCUUCCUGGUGCCCCGUCUCAGCCCCGGCGGCCACAGCAACGGCGCCUUGCCCCUGGGGGGCACCAUGCGGGAAGAACCCGUGUGAUCCGUUUGCAGCCUCCCCGCCCUGUGGGUGCAGAAGCGCCCCACAGCCCGAGUCCAAACCCGGAGCUCCCGGCUGACAGCAGAGCGGCGCCCUGGAGCUAUGAGCCAUGAAGCCGCCUGGCAUCAGCGCCCUGCGGCAGCCCUCCCCAGGCUGCAGCCUGCUCGCCUCCUCCUCCUCCUCUUCCUUCAGCACCACCACGAUUUCUUCCCCUUCUUGCUGGCAGCCGCCUCCCUUGCUGCUGCACACCCUCUGCCGCCUCCGCCUUCUCCUUCUCUUGCAGCUGCUCUCCGGUUCCUUCUGGUCCCAGCCCUGGGGGGCUGCUGCAGCCAGCGCUUCAUCAUGGAAUGAAACUGCAAAAGAGACUGCUGGGGCUCUGGCAGAUGAAGAGAAUGCAUUUCAACAGAAUAGCAGUAGGCGCAAUAAUAACAGUUACAGUAAUGCAGUGCAGAAAGAAAUCACCCUGCCUUCAAGACUGGUAUAUUAUAUCAAUCAAGAUUCCGAAAGCCCUUACCAUGUACUGGAUACUAAGGCAAGAUACCAGCAAAAACAUAACAAGGCUGUGCAUCUGGCCCAGGCAAGCUUUCAGAUUGAAGCUUUUGGCUCCAGAUUCAUUCUUGACCUCACACUAAACAAUGGUUUGCUAUCCUCUGAUUAUGUGGAGAUUCAUUAUGAAGAUGGAAAACCACAGUUCUCUAAGGGUGGAGAACACUGCUACUAUCAUGGAAAUAUCAGAGGCAUCAAGGACUCCAAAGCUGCAUUGUCAACAUGCAAUGGACUGCAUGGCAUGUUUGAAGACAAUACUUUUAUGUAUAUGAUAGAACCAUUGGAGUUAAUCCACAACACAAAAAGCACAGCCCGACCACAUAUCAUUCAGAGAACACUAGGGGGACACACAUCUAAACAGCUGAACAAUCUGAGCAUGGAAGAACAUGACCAGUGGCCCUUCCUAUCUGAGUUACAGUGGCUGAAGAGAAGACGGCGGAGGAGAGCUGCACCUCGUGGAGUGUUUGAAGAAAUGAAAUACUUGGAGCUUAUGAUUGUCAAUGAUCAUAAAAUGUACAAGAAAUACCGUUCUCAUGCACAUACCAACAACUUUGCUAAGUCAGUGGUCAACCUUGUGGAUUCUAUUUACAAGGAGCAGCUGAAUACCAGGGUGGUGUUGGUAGCCGUGGAAACAUGGACAGAGAAGGACUACAUUGAUAUUCGGUCUGACCCUGUCCAGAUGCUCCAUGAAUUCUCCAAAUACCGACAACGAAUAAAGCAGCAUGCGGAUGCUGUUCACCUUAUCUCGCGUGUGAUAUUUCACUUUAAGAGAAGUAGUCUGAGUUACUUUGGAGGUGUUUGUUCCAAGACCAGAGGAGUCGGAGUGAAUGAGUAUGGUCUUCCAAUGGCAGUGGCACAAGGAUUAUCCCAGAGUCUGGCACAAAACCUUGGAAUCCAGUGGGAACCUUCUAGCAGAAAGCCAAAAUGUGACUGCACGGAAUCCUGGGGUGGAUGCAUCAUGGAGGAAACAGGUGUGUCACAUUCCCGGAAGUUCUCAAAAUGCAGCAUUUUGGAAUAUAAAGAUUUUUUACAGAGAGGAGGAGGAUUUUGUCUCUUUAACAGGCCAACAAAGUUGUUUGAAGCCACUGAAUGUGGAAAUGGCUAUGUGGAAGCAGGAGAGGAAUGCGAUUGUGGUUUCCAUGUGGAGUGCUAUGGCGUGUGUUGCAAGAAAUGCUCACUUUCAAAUGGAGCACAUUGCAGUGAUGGACCCUGUUGUAACAGCACAACCUGUCUUUUUCAGCCACGAGGGUAUAACUGUCGAGAAGGAGUAAAUGACUGUGACAUUACUGAAACUUGCACUGGAGACUCUGGCCAGUGCCCACCCAAUCUUCAUAAACAAGAUGGAUAUUCUUGCAAUUCCAAUCAGGGUCGCUGCUACAAUGGGGAGUGCAAGACAAGGGAUAAUCAAUGCCAAUACAUCUGGGGAAGCAAGGCUGCAGGGUCUGACAAAUUCUGCUAUGAAAAACUCAACACAGAAGGCACCGAGAAAGGGAAUUGUGGGAAAGAUGGGGACCGAUGGAUUCAGUGCAGCAAACAUGAUGUAUUUUGUGGUUUUUUGCUCUGUACCAAUCUUACUCGGGUUCCACGAAUUGGUCAACUUCAGGGAGAAAUCAUCCCAACUUCCUUUUAUCACCAAGGUCGAGUUAUUGACUGCAGCGGUGCUCACGUUGUUUUAGAUGAUGAUACUGAUGUAGGGUAUGUGGAAGAUGGAACACCAUGUGGCCCAUCCAUGAUGUGUCUAGAUAGAAAGUGCCUACAGAUUCAAUCCCUAAACAUGAGCAGCUGCCCCCUUGAUUCCAAUGGCAAAGUUUGUUCCAAUCAUGGGGUAUGUAGUAAUGAAGUCACUUGCAUUUGUAAUAACACCUGGGCAGGGACGGACUGCAGCAUCCGAGAUCUUAUCAAAAAAGCUCCAGCUUCGAAGGAUGAUGGACCCAAGGGUCCUAGUGCCACCAAUCUUAUAAUAGGUUCCAUCGCUGGUGCCAUCCUGGUAGCAGCUAUUGUCCUUGGGGGGACAGGAUGGGGCUUUAAAAAUGUCAAAAAGAGAAGGUUUGAUCCAAGUCAGCAAGGCCCCAUCUGAAGCCACUGCUCUGGAUCAGCUUCCCCUUGUACUCUGGAAUUGUGGGUAUGAAGUCCUUGCAGCCAAUGUUCAGGAACUCUAAGUCAAUAAAGAAGAACUGUGGGUGAUGACCAGAGAACUAAAGGUGGGGUGAGGGGAUGAGGGAAAAGAAAACUGUCCUUUUUGGAGAUAAGUUCAGAUACUUAUCCCUUCCCUACAUCUGUCAUCAAAGGGGGGGGAAAGACAAUCCAGGCAUUAGAAGGGAAAAAAAAAAAACCAACUUUCACAAUAUGUUUGUGGUUUUGUUUUUUGUUUGUUUGUUUUUUUAAUGAAAGGAAGAAGGGGCAAAACCAAAUCAUGUGCAAUAAAAGGACCAUUUCACAAAAAUAAAACAGCAGAUGAUUUUUUUCCUCUCAGCCUGCUGAUACUCAGAAUCCUUGAGACGAAUGGCAUGACUUUUUUUUUCUUUUCAUACUGAUGACAACUUCAGUGGCAUGAAGAACUAAUUUUGAAAGGGUAUAAACUGCAUGGCGUAUAUACAACAAGCUCACAAGCCAAUCCUCAGCAAAGCCUGCAAUUGAAUUCAUAAAGUGAAGAGAACAUGUGAACUCAAAGAAGCUGAUUUGGGGCUCAUUUCAUACAGGAACUUCCUUCAUCAACUAUAUAGAAUACUGUUCAGUGCUCUCUGUCUCUCUGUCUCUGUCUCUGUCUCUCUCUCUCUCUCUCUCUCUCUCUCUCUCUCUCUCUCCUUAAUUCUCUCUCUCCAUCUCUCUCUGUCUAAACUCUAGCUCCCUCCUUUUGUUGAGUUACCAUUCCCAUUGUGUUCUGACCUGGACCAAAGGCCCUUUGGAUAUGGGAGCUAUUGUCUGGACAAUGAUGCUAAUGUAUAUUUCUUUUAAAAAUGUAAAUAAUGGAAAACGUUUUUGACCUCAUUUUCACUAGUCUCUAUUGAAAGAUUCCUUGUAAAGGCUCUCUGUAAAUUUAUUUUGUUUUUCUUUUGUUUUGCUCCCCCACCUUUUUUUUUUUGGUAGCAUGUUGUAUGGUGGGUGUUGGGCUUGCUCAAAAAAUGAUGGAGAUAGCUUGCAGAUGCAAGGAGUUUGGGCACAGAACAGAUGUGGCUUAAAGUUUGUAUGCUCAAAACCAAAAAACUACAAUAACAAAAUCCACAUUAAACUAGACAUGUAAAUGCAAAUGUAUGUAAUAACUACAAAUCUCUAGAAUUUUUGAUGUCAUGCAAAAUUUAUGUACAUAAUGUAAGAAAGUAGACACCUUCUCAAAUUAAUCACAAAAGUGCCAAGUUCAUGAUUUUAAUAUUUGGUUUUAACAAUUUUCUUUCCCUCUUUCUCAUGUGAAAGGAGAACAAGCUUAAAUGAAGCCUUAAAUUAUAAUCACAAAUGCCCAAAACUUGUGGAAAGCUAAGCUUUCCUUUUUAGUAGUAUACAUACAUAUAUACAUAUAUACAUAUAUAAAUAUUCUUGUCAAUCUUCCAUUCAUGUUCCCUCUGUCUCUCCCUCAUUGGCUAUAUAGUAGAAUCUCUUCUGGAACCAUUACUGGGAGAAUAAGACCAACACUUGCCUCCUUGGUUAACUUCGUUAUAUUGGGCUUUUACUGUAUGUAGUUGUGUUUGGGGGAAUACAACUUGACUCACAGUAAAUCGCAAUCCAUGUGCAGUGAUAAGAAGAUUUUACUGUAUCGCAAUUCUCAGCAUAUUCUAGGCAGAAUUUCUGAGGUAACUUGUGCAUGUGAGUCACUCUGAGUUUCCUUCAACAUUGCAGACUCCUUCCUAUUCCUCAUCAGGAUAGCUUUGGUUUAAAUGUUAGCUAUUACCACUAAGUUGUGAACAGACUUUGUUUUGGAGGAACCCUUUUAGAUCAGUAUUUUGAUAGACAACUAAACACACCAGACAAAGAGCUCUGCAGGAAAGGGUCACAGGUAAAAGCCAUCUUCAAAAAGGUUCUAAAAAGAACCGACAAUUUCCACUCCUUUGGAGGAAAAAAUGUGCCAUCCAAUUUGCUUUUGCUACUGGACUAGUUUUGAAGUUUUGAUUUAAUCCGUUCCUUGAAAGAAAAUAAGGGCAAUGACAAUAAUUGACACCUAUUCUUUUGGCUUUGGAAAAUACCACCCUUAACACCUUUUUGGUUGCUUUUAUUUUUAGGUUUAAAAGUUGAACUUUUCAGGGUAUAUUAAUCAUAGUGGUAUUUCAAUUCAAUGCAACAAACAUUUAUUUAGCACCUAUUAUGUGCAAGAUCUAGGCUAAAUAUUAAGGAUAUAGACACAAGCCAACUCAACAAGUACUCUUUAGCUCAGCCUGUGUUGUAGGCAUUGAGCAGAAAAAGAAAGACAAAAAAAUGAUGCCUGCCAUCACGGAACUCACAAUCUAAUGGGGGAGAUAAUGAGUGAACAAACUAUGUGUGACAAAAGAAAAGUCUCUGCCCAUGAGGAGAUUCCCUUCUAUUAACUUAUAUAGCAGCAACCUUUAUUUUUUAAUUGCUAAAACAGACCCUAUUGCAACAUCUUGAUACUGUUAUUCAUGAGUAAUAGGUGCUACAUAUAUGUGCAGUCUUUCUGUAGAAAUAAGAUCUAGGUUUUUAUUGUAAUAACAGGGCUACAAAAGGGUCUUCCCUUUUGGUCUUCCGAAGACACAAAGUUGUGUCCAUGAAUUGUAGAAAUGGGCUCUUUCACGUUGGGGGAAACUCAGAGUACUUAGAAUAUUUCCUGCUGUUGCAUUGCUUAGUACCUCCCUGUUACUGGAUGAUACCCACCCUCUGGCAGAUACUAAGCUGCUGCUACCUAAAUGACCCACAUUUUACUUCUGUUCCAGAGGUAAGAUGGUGGCUCUAAAGAAACACCAUUUGCUAUUCGUAAACAAGUUCAGUCUAUCCCGUUCAACUUUUGAGCAAUUCUCAAACAACAUUGUGAUGUGCGAUGUUAUAUUUAAAUCAGACCACAGUGGUCCCCAGAUAUUAUGUACAUAUGGCCAGUGUCUGUGUAACUUUUUGUUACACCAGCAGUUUUGUAGGUGAUAGGAACCUAAUGCUCCGAUGUUCAAUUACUUGCACAUAUGUGUAAAAUCCACAAGCUUUAUGCUGUGUCUACAUUGAAUAAAAAUAAAGGGAACCUAACACCCAAAAUGGUUAAAACAGAAGAGAAACAAUUUUAAAAUCGAGGAUAAGAAUCACCUUUCCAGUGGUGUUUUGGGCUGUAGAAUUUCCACCCUUCCACAGCAUACCAUUUGAUUUUGUACAUGCCGUUCUGUUGCUCGAUGUUGUGGGGGUGUAUCUUCUAUUAAUUGGAGCCCAUAGCCCAAGCCGAUCACUUUUUAAUAUUACUCAACAAGGAUAAGUGUUAAGUGCUGACAAGUUCCCAUUUCACCUGCUCUACUUCUGCUGCACUAAUUAACGACGUUGGGGUGAGAAGAUGUGUGCUAAAGAUGAUGCUCAUGCUGGUAUGCUGCAUGAUUCUACUGAAUUAGAGCUAACCCUACUAGACAAAUGAAUCGAACAUAUAGGUGCAUGUUAAGAACCAAGAACCACAUAGAACUCUGGAGUUUUACCAAGUUUUCUUUACUAUGCAAAGAUGGGUAUUGCACAAACAAAAUUCAAAGACUAGUAGCUGAGGAAUUUUACAAAACAAUACUUGAAUUUAUUUUGUUUAAAAGCAUCCCAUCACGUUUUCUAGUCACUCUCACUUUCUCCAUGAAUCUUCUUUUAAAAAUGAUUUGUAAUUAUUUUUUAAGUGCACAGUUGGAUGUUUCAAAUCCAUUUUGAUUUAAAUUUAAUAACUCAUUCAUAUCUUGUUGGCUGCUGAUGAAUGGAGAUUCAAUAGUCAUUACUCUGCAUCUUCUAGUCUAACGAGUAUUAAAACUUUCACGAACAUAGAAUGUUGUCGCUUUAUGUUUUACUCAUUUUCUUGCUAUUCUUUUCUGUAUUCUCUCAUGUUGUUUAUUAAAUGUCUGCUCAGAAUCUCAA